AUGAAGGGCAACUCGGGUGCCAUGUGCCCAUGCCGCUCGAAGCUCUGGGCAGUUUGUCUCAUCUGCGCUGUGCUGGGCUCUGGCUGGAUGAUGUCCACACGCUGCGUGUUUGAGGUGGCAGUGCUGUUUCUCGCCAUUGCCGCUCUUCUGCUGUUUUGGACCCUUGCUUGCCGGCCAACGCUUUGCAUCUCGGCUCUCUACCUGGCGAUUUGCUUUGCCAUCCUCAUCAGAGAGACUUUGCUCACCGUCACGGGCCAUGUGCCAUGUGGUUUGCCCACCUUCGGCAGCGAAUGCGCCGAAACCCAGUGCGAACAGAAGAGCUACUUCCUGUUCUUCGAGACGGGAUGCGCCAAGCACCUCUGCGUGCGCACAGAGCGCUUGGAGGUCCAAUCCGUUUUCAAAGUUCCGGCCAGCGAGCUACACACGGUCUGGCUGAUUACUGGCUUGGCCUUCGCUUGGGCGACCCUGUUGCUGACUGCACUCCAGCUGAAGCAGUGGAUGACACCAGUUUUCGGUGGACUGCCAGCGGAGCGCGGAUACUCCAUUGCCCGCCUGACGGCCAUUGUGCUGCUCCUCCCGGCCACAUACGGCGUUUGCGCUGCUGGUGCCCUGCGGGUGAUAACAACGAACAGGGAGGACACCUGGACAGCUGAAGCGCUGCUGGACGUUGCAGAACUCUUCUCUGCAAUCGCACUGUACUCUUUCCAGCGGCUCCUCAUAGUGUACGUCGACGUUCUUCACGCAGACUCACCGAAGGCUGCGGUGAAAGUGGAGCCCGACCAGAUUCGCCACAGCUUCCAGAAGGUCAUGUCUGUGGGCAUCCAGCAGUACGUCGUGUUGCAGUUCGUUUGCAACUCGAUCCUGGUGGCUGUCAAGGCUUGGGAUUGGCUGCACCCAAGCUCCUGCGAGGACGCCCUCCAAGGCAUGAUGCAGUACGUCUUUCCACGGCACAACAUCAGCCUGGCGAUAAACGAGGCAAAGCUGCGAGACACCAUCCACACGAGGACGAGCUCCUUGGCAUGCGAGGACGUCUGGAAUGCUACCUCAUUGCUUAUGGUGGUAGCGGACUUCUUCACCUGCAGCAUCGCGCUCUUCGCGGUCCUGCAGUACGAGCAUGCCUUCAAUGAUGCGCUGCGACCAGUGCGGCCAUUCUGGAAGUUCUGGGGCGUGAAAGGGCUGCUGUCGGUGAACUUCAUGCAGACGAGCGUUCUGACAGCUUUGGGCUUUCUCUUGGCCAGCGAGACACCCUCCUAUGUGCGGACGUUCCUGAACUACUACCUGCUCUCCGCGGAGUCCUUGGCGCUGGCCUUGCUGAAUCUCUGGGCCUAUCCUGUGAAGCAUCCGCGACCCUCGCGGGAGAAGGUGGACUUCGUAGACGAGCUUCAAGAUGAUGAGUCCUCUCGCACCGCACAGCCCUUCGAGAUCGAGGCGCCCGCACCGGCGGCAGAGACCUUGGGCCGAAAGCAGUCUGCCUGA